UCUGGAGGAGUCUUGUGAAGAAGAGGAAGAGCUCCAUUUUGGCAAGAUUUUCGCCUGCACACAUCCUCCGACCUGCAAGGAAAGGCUACAGAGACAUUUCAAGAACCUAAAGGUGCCUUCGGGGAAGCUCGGCAACUUGAAAAAUGUAGUGAACCUCAAGGUGCAGGAAAAACAGAAGCUCGCAUCCAAUGAAGAGUCGUUGGCCUUACUGAAGGAAGAAAUUGAGAAAGCUAUGCAAGCAGCAGAGCACACAGAUGAGAAUAUUCAGAGUCUGCAGGACAAAAUUCGGAUGCUCCGGAGUGAGUUAGAGGAAGAGGAAAACAAGGCUAAAAUGGUUUUCCAGGGAAGUGGCAGAGGGGUGCUCAACCUCCCAGAGCUACCAACGAACAGUCUGGAGGCACCUAUUCUGCAGGAGGAGAUUUUGAAGAUCCCAAACCAGACAGGAGUUUUGCAGAACUUGAAUACCAUCCAGCGCUCAGCUGAGAUGAGGAACAUGUUGAGUCUCCUUAAACAGGCCUAUGAAAAAGUGGACUCCCUUUGAGGAACCCAUACACUGAAGUCUGCCUUUAAGACAACUUUAUCUUGUGCUAACAAAUGCUGUUCCUGUAACAAUGUUUUUGCUCCUAAGGACUUAACUUGUAUGGUAACUAGGUGUCUUAGUCAAACUUUUAUCAGAUAAAUAUUGGAAAAAUAUGUUGACAGACGCUCAGUGGAACGGCAGUGAUAUGCUGCAUUCCCAUUGGAAUAAGAUAAGCAGAACUGAUCUGUCCAUGUAGACAUUUACAGUGUAUAUGUUGCCUUUAUUAAUACAACAGAGUUAAAACUCACAUUUACCUUUUUGGAAAGCCUUUUUUUUCUUUAGAGAACUAUCUUGAGAACUGACGGACAAACAGCAGGUUUCACUAGCUCUUAAUAUUCUUUGUUUUGUAAUAUUUUUUUCUUUUUGGGCGAGGACUUCUGUCUCAUUGUAUCAGACCUCCCCUGUCAGGGCUGUAAAUUUACCAUUUCAUAGGAACCUCACAUUCACUUCAAACAGGAUUUAAUGCUCCCCUUUUAAGGUGAACCAUGUAAUUGAUAUAUAUUUUUAAUGAGUAGUUGCUAAUCCACAAUAAAUGUCCUUUUUUCAAACAAAA